GUGUGGGGUUGGCUUACACCAUUAAUGACUACUGGGUGACCUCGCACACUCUCCAUCCACUGAAACUCCGGCGAACGAGGCAGCUGAAGAUGGCUUGGGACGGAGGAACAGAGCAAAAUGGCACAGAGGGCAAGAACUUCUACAUCCCCAUGUCCAACCGGACCGGGGCCGUCAGGAGUCCGUAUGAAUAUCCACAGUAUUACUUGGCAGAUCCCAUCAUGUUCAAGCUUCUCGCUUUCUACAUGUUUUUCCUGAUGUGCACUGGAACUCCCAUCAACGGCCUGACGUUGCUGGUAACGGCUCAGAACAAAAAACUCCGGCAACCUCUCAACUACAUCCUGGUGAACCUGGCCGUGGCCGGACUCAUCAUGUGCUGCUUCGCCUUCACCUUAACAUUUGUCUCAUCUAUCAGCGGCUACUUCAUCCUCGGGCCCACCACCUGCGCUAUUGAAGGAUUCUUUUCCACAGUGGGAGGUCAGGUUUCCCUCUGGUCUCUGGUGAUCCUGGCUGUCGAGAGAUACAUCGUCGUCUGCAAACCCAUGGGGAGCUUCAAGUUCUCUGGAACUCACGCAGCAGCUGGAGUCGCGUUCACCUGGAUCAUGGCUCUCGCGUGUGCCACUCCUCCACUUGUUGGCUGGUCCAGGUACAUCCCCGAGGGCUUGCAAUGCUCCUGCGGACCCGACUACUACACCCUGGCCCCAGGCUUCAACAACGAAUCAUACGUCAUCUACUUGUUCAGCGUGCACUUCUGUUUACCCUUCUUCACGAUUUUCUUCACCUAUGGAAGUCUAGUGCUGACCGUCAAGGCCGCUGCAGCCCAGCAGCAGGAGUCCGAGUCGACCCAGAAGGCUGAGAGGGAAGUGACACGCAUGUGCAUCCUGAUGGUCUUUGGCUUCCUGAUAGCCUGGUUACCAUACGCCACCUUCGCUGCCUGGAUCUUCAUGAACAAGGGCGCAGCCUACACCGCCCUGACUGCAUCCAUACCCGCGUUCUUUGCAAAGAGCUCUGCCUUGUACAACACUGUGAUCUACGUGCUGAUGAACAAACAGUUCCGUAACUGCAUGCUGAGCAGUAUUGGAAUGGGCAGCGCGGUGGACGACGAGAGCUCAGUAUCCGCAAGCAAGACAGAGGUUUCCUCUGUGUCUUAGUCACGACGACGUCCUCACGUCUGUGGACGCUCUCCUUGACGAUUGCUACCAAAAGAUCCAAUUAGAGAAAACAAAACUCUUGAACUUGAAAAAUCUUGUUCUCUUGUACAGCAUUUGUGUGUUUGAAUGAACUGUUUCACCUCAACUCGCAAGUCGAACUGUAAACCUGCUGAAGUGUGUUGUCAUUAUGUGGGGGAGCAGAGGUUUCCACUGGUCUACCAGAAACAAUAUUUUUAUGUAUUUUAUAAAAUAGGAUAGUAAUAGAGGAUGGAGUAGAUAAUAAAUGCAUACAUAAAAAGAAA